GGGAUUCCACACAAAUGACGUCAUCUAUAUUUGUUUACAAAAAACAACAAAAUGUCAAUACAAACUUUUCGUGAUAAAAAAUUUUAUUUGAACAAAUUAUUUUUCAAUUAUGAAUUCAAUAUAAAUGUUCAGUUUUCAAAGUUACAGAUUGAUGAAUUUUGGUUGUUCCUGGAGAAAUAUCUGGAAAAAAAGAAGAAACAAAAAACUUGUCAUGAUGAUCCAAUCAAAUACGACAAAUUGAUACAAAAAUUGACAGGUAAAAUUCCCGAAGAAUGGAUAAAUAUCGACAAAUUAAGGGAAGAAUCUCAUUUAAAAGAUGUCAACAUUUCUUUGGCAGAACUAAAAGAAUUCCGAAACAUCUUGCUCAUAUUUGUCGAUUUUAAUCUGAAAAGAAAAGAGAAAAAAUUAGAAAAGCUUAUACAAUUUCAGAAAAAUUUGCCAAUCUAUGAAUAUAAAGAAACUAUCUUGGAUAAAAUUAAAUCAAAUUCGGUUGUCUUGAUUGCUGGCGAUACAGGUUGUGGAAAAUCAACACAAGUACCUCAAUAUCUUCUGAGAAAUGGCUAUCAAAGAAUCUGUUGCACUCAGCCUCGACGAAUCGCUUGCAUUGCACUUUGCAAUAGACUAAAGUUUGAAACUGUCGAUCAAUAUAACUCUGAAGUUGGGUUCCAAAUUCGAUUCGAAAAAAGUCGAACAAAAUAUACAAAGAUAAUUUUUAUGACUGAAGGUUUACUUUUACGGCAAAUGAUUGAAGAUCCACUGCUUUCAAAUUAUGAAGUAAUUAUUUUGGAUGAGAUUCAUGAACGUCAUCUAUCCAGCGAUUUUCUGUUGGGAGCUAUCAAAUGUUUAUUGCAUAAAAGAAAAAAUGAUCUCAAAGUUAUUCUCAUGUCGGCAACGGUCAACUUUGAUCUAUUCUCUGAUUACUUUGGCAAUUGUCUUGUGAUAAAAGUUCCUGGUCGUCUUUAUCCUAUCAAAACUGAAUACUUUCCUCCGGAUAAAGUGAACAUUUUCAAAGCCACAAAUAAAAUUAAUCCUGAACCUUAUUUGAAAAUACUUCAGCACAUUGAUUCUCAACAUCCAUCGACAGAACGUGGUGAUGUACUCGUAUUCUUAAGUGGAUUUGCAGAAAUCGAAUUUAUUGGCGAAAAAUUAAAAGAAUAUGCAGCACAGAAUAAGCGAUGGAUAAUUAUGUAUCUGCACAGUGCAUUAUCAUUAUCUGAACAGGACAAAGUAUUUGACAUUUCUCCUGAAGGUUAUCGUAAAUGUAUUCUUUCAACGAAUAUUGCCGAAACAUCAAUUACAAUUGAUGGUAUUCGUUUCGUAAUCGAUUCCGGUAAAGUUAAAGAAAUGUAUUAUGAACCGAAAAUUCGUAUGCAUCGAUUGCAAGAGAUAUGGGUGAGCAAAGCAUCGGCUGAACAACGAAAAGGUCGAGCUGGUCGAACCGGGCCGGGAAAGUGUUUUAGACUUUAUUCCAACAGUGAUUUCGAAAGUUUUGACAGUUUUUCCAAACCAGAGAUUCAACGUGUUUCGCUUGAAUCGUUAAUUUUGAAUAUGAUUUCAAUGGGUUUGAAUAAUGUUCGCAAGUUUCCUUUCAUUGAAGCACCUGAUGAGAUGGUCAUUGAGAAUACAUUAAAAUAUUUGAUCAAUUAUGAAACAUUGGAUGAAAAUGAGAAUAUUACUUACUUAGGUCGAAUCCUUUCAAAAUUACCAGUUGAUAUUCCCAUUGGUAAAAUGUUGGUCUUAUCCGUUUGUAUCAAUCUCUACCAAUAUGCAUUGUCGAUGGCUGCUUGUCUAAGUGUUCAAUCAAUGACCACUAUUCGUUCAAAAAAUAACAAAGAAAUGCUCGAAGAAAGAAAAUCAAUGAUUUCAUUUGAUGGUGAUCUAUUCAGCAGUUUGAAUUUCUAUAAGCGAUGGCUCACUAUGAAAACUUCAAAUCAGAAUACACGUUCUUGGUGUCGACAAUUGGGCUUUGAAGAACAACGUUUUCAUGAAAUAACAAAAUUAAGAAGACAAUUUGAAGAAAUUCUCAAAGAUAGCGGCCUGAUUGAUAAACAUAAUGUAAACAAUCGUGAUCAACAAUUUUUGAGCAAAACGGAAAGAAUAGCUAAACACAGUGGAAAAAAAUUAUUUAAAAAAUUGAAAAUUGAAUUAGAAAUGUCUCGAAAUAAUAAAAAACGUAAAUUACUUCAAGUAUGUGAUAAUGAUGACGAUGACCGAAUCAAUGAUGAUCACUAUAAUUACAAAGAAUUGGAAUUCAAUUUAUUAUUUGACUCUCAUUAUUUUAAGGACAAUGAAGAGAAACAUUCACUGAAAAAAGAGGAAUUUGAUCUAAUUAAAACAAUCAUUGUACUUAGUUUCUAUCCACAAAUUUCCAUUGCCGAUCUAGACAAUUCCUAUCAAUGUGGAUCGGAUCAGAUUUUUCACACCAAGGACAAACCAUUUGUCGUUUUACAUCCAUCCAGUGUUUACUAUAGUGAACCUGAAUUUCUUAAACCAUCACGAAUUGAAUCCAGUGAAUUUGGUGAUCUAUCAUAUGAACAUAGCUUACUCGGUUACAUUUCAUUUAUAGAGACAAACAAAAGCUAUAUUUGCAAUUGUUAUCGAUUGGCGGCUAUACAUGUUCUAUUGCUAUCCGCUCAGGAAAUCGAUACGAAUCAUGAUUGUAGUAGAAUCAUUUUUGAUAAUUGGAUCGAAAUCAAAUUGAAAUAUUAUCAAGAUGGACAGGAUCUUUUGAUUGGGGCAUAUAAAAUUCGAGACAAAUUGAAUCAAUUAUUAAUAUUGAUUUGCAAAGAUUUAAAUUCGCGCGAUAACGACACUAUUGAUGAUGUCGGUGAUGAUGGUAAAAGUCUUUUUCAAUUGAAACAAAAUUUGAUCGAAGAAAUUAAAUUAUUUAUGAAAUGUCGAGUCAAAUAUUCCAUGAAACGUUUAUUAUCAGCGGAUUUGAAAACAAUUUAUACAAAUACUAUUGUCACCAUAGAAGAUAUGCAUGAGAAUUAUAAGAACAAAUUAUCUAAAUUUUUGAUAGACCAGCAUGGUCGCAUUGGAUCCAACAAAUCUGCAAAGAUUUCACAUAACAAAGGAGGUUUUCAUCACUUAUUUAUAAAUUAUAAUUGUUUAAAACAAAUCGGAAAUGAAACGAUAACCGACAAUCGCCGAUGGUUUUUUUGUGAAAAAUGUAAGCAAAAAAUGCAUUCAACACCAAUCGAACAGGUUAGACAUGAAGAAUUAUGUGGUAAAAAAAGUGAUCAAGAUGAAAAAUUGAAAGCUAGUACAAGUAAUUUAAAACGUUAUUAUUGUUCUCACUGUGAGAAAGAAAUGUGGCUGUCGAACAUCGAUAUACUUCGGCACCGAAAACAACAUUCAUGAUGAUGAUGAUGAUGAUGAUUCGAAUUCAUUUUGACAUUUCGAACAAAGCGGAACAAACUUAUCGAAUUAACUACAUUGAUUUUUUGUAUUAUAAAUGAGAAGCUGAAAAAGCGUGACACUAUGGCACGUGUUUGGUCGAAACAUAGCAGUCACAUCUGUCAACUUUUUGUUUUGUCAAAAUAAUCAGAUUUGGAGAGUGGUUUGGCCAGAAUUUGAUUAGAUUGGAACAGACCAUUCGACAUUGGUCUGGAAAACACAAUUCGAAUAUUUGUUAUAUAUUUGUUUUGAUACAAGUUUCAGGGAUUUAUAAUUUAUAAUAAUAAACUUUAUUUUUAUUAUAAUAAACCUAUUAACCGAAACAUUUAUUACAAAUCUUUGGAAUUAAAAGUAUGAUUUGAAAAUAG